AUGUCGGCCGGGCCGCACGUACGUCACGCAGCGGCAGCGAACAAGACGGUUGUCGUGCGUAUCUGGCGCUGGAUCAAGAUUACUGUGUGGCGCGUUUUUUAUGGCCAGAACGAGUGGCAGCGUCUGUGUCGACCGACGGAAGUGGACGAAGACGAGCGCAUUGUGCGCUUUCGGACCGAAUUGGCUCUGUCCGACGCAAUGGCGCAGACGUGCGAUGUAGUGUUUGCCACGGAGCCAUUCUCAAUGGACGCGACGUUGCGUGACGUUGCAACAAGGGCGCAAUUGGAUGCGGAAGAUGUCACCUUGAUGGCCAUUGUGCGCUCGUGUCUCCGGCGCUGCAAUUAUGUCAACAAGGUGUACGCUCGUGUAUGUGCGGCAAAGAAUGAAAGCUACACGUCGUCGAACGAGGUGCAUGAAGAGAUGCUGGAACAGCUGUGGAGCAACUUGAAACCGAACGUGCGUCGCAAAGGCGGACGCAUUACGAAAGAGUGGGGAGAGAUUGGCUUCCAAGGAACCGACCCGAUGUCGGACUUCAGAGGUAUGGGCGUCUUCUCACUCGUGCAGCUCAACUACUUCACAAAAAACUACAAAAUUGAAGCUCAGCGUGCACUGGACGAGUCCAAUCAUCCGACCCGCUGGUACCCCUUUGCUGUGACGGGCAUCAACGUGACGGCCUUCUUGAUCGAGCUAAUCGACGAGCGUUUGCUGGACGUGAAGCUGUACCGUCUCGCUGCGUCCGAGAGCGACGACGACCUGCAUGCUGGUCUGACGCAGCUCCACGACAUCUACGCCACGGUCUUCACUCGAUUCAACAAGCUCUGGGUAGACACCAAUCCGCGUGACGUGAUGGCGUUCCCGUGCAUUUUCCAGUCGCUAAAAGACCACAUUCGUGCCGAGUUGACGCUCGAGUCGUUCCGGUUCUGA